CGCACCCUCCACCAAUCAAACGGCGCCUCUCCAUUGAAUCACCCACUCAGAACCAACAGUAAAAAAGUAAAAAAAAAAAUAAAUCGGAGCAAGUAAUUUUAUCAUAUGCACGAAAUUUAUAAUAAAAGAGAAAACGAAAACUUACAUUAUUGAGAGAGAAGUAGACGAUGGAGUAGAGCAAGGGAGACAGUGUUGAAUGUAUGUUUUAUUUUUUAGUUUUCGACUCAGUCAUUUUAAUCCCUUGAGAAAUCUAAAAAUCCCGAGUUUCUCCUUCCCACAGAGAGAGAGAGAAAAAGAAAGCAAAAGUGUUUAUUUUUCUUAUUUUUUUAUAAUUUUUUUUUUAAGAAGAGGGAGAAAAUUUGGGUCUCUGUUGUUUGUUUUUCUUUGGGCUAUUAUCAAUGGUUGAAUUAUAGAAAACGGAACAAAAUUUCAAUUUUUUCCCCUUUCGAAUUAAGAAGGAAAAGAAAAGGAAAAGUUAACUAAAGAUGCGAUCUUUCAUUUGAUUCUGGGAGUGUGGUGAAAUCUGAGCCGUUGGAUUUUCCGUUCGAUUGAUUAUCAGACAGUGGAAAACACAGAGAGAGACCAGAAAAAAAACAGAACAAGAGAAAUGAACGGAGGCGAUGAGGUGGUCGCAGCUCCGGCGGGCCCGCCACAGCCGUUGGAUUGGAAAUUCUCUCAGGUAUUUGGUGAACGAACCGCCGGAGAAGAAGUUCAAGAAGUUGAUAUUAUUUCAGCAAUUGAAUUUGAUAAAACUGGGGAUCAUCUUGCGACUGGUGACCGUGGGGGGCGGGUGGUUCUCUUUGAGAGAACUGAUACAAAGGAUCAUGGUGUACCGAGAAGGGAUCUGGAGAGAAUUGAUUAUCCAAUCUGUCGGCAUCCUGAGUUCCGUUACAAGACGGAGUUCCAGAGCCACGAGCCUGAGUUUGACUAUCUCAAGAGCUUGGAAAUAGAGGAAAAAAUUAACAAAAUUAGAUGGUGCCAAACAGCCAAUGGUGCCUUGUUUCUCCUUUCCACCAAUGAUAAAACCAUCAAGUUUUGGAAGGUACAAGAAAAGAAGGUCAAGAAAAUUUCUGACAUGAAUUUGGACCCAUCAAAAGCUGUAGGAAAUGGCAGCAUUGCUAGUUCAAGUAAUUCGUGUAGCCCCAAACCUUGCGUUGCAAAUGGAGGGUCCCCUGACCGAUCCUACAACGAUUUGGGCAAUGACUUUUCUUUCCCACCAGGAGGCGUUGCAUCAUUACGUUUACCUGUGGUAGUAACAAGUCUGGAGACCAACCUAGUGGCCAGAUGUCGAAGAGUAUAUGCCCAUGCUCAUGAUUAUCACAUCAAUUCUAUUUCAAAUAACAGUGAUGGCGAAACUUUUAUAUCAGCUGAUGAUCUGCGUAUAAAUCUUUGGAACUUGGAAAUUAGCAAUCAAAGUUUCAAUAUUGUUGAUGUAAAGCCUGCAAACAUGGAGGAUCUAACUGAGGUUAUAACAUCAGCAGAGUUUCAUCCUUCCCACUGUAACAUGUUAGCAUAUAGUAGUUCGAAGGGCUCAAUUCGCCUCAUUGAUUUGCGGCAGUCAGCGUUGUGUGAUUCUCACGCCAAAUUGUUUGAAGAACCGGAGGCACCUGGUUCUAGAUCAUUUUUUACAGAGAUAAUUGCCUCAAUCUCGGAUAUUAAAUUUGCUAAGGAUGGAAGAUACAUACUUAGCCGUGAUUACAUGACUCUUAAGUUGUGGGACAUCAAUAUGGAUUCAGGUCCAGUUGCGACAUUCCAGGUUCAUGAAUAUUUAAGACCUAAGCUGUGUGAUUUGUAUGAAAAUGAUUCUAUCUUUGACAAAUUUGAGUGUUGCCUAAGUGGUGAUGGAUUACGAGUGGCAACAGGUUCCUACAGCAAUCUGUUUCGUGUAUUUGGUUGUGCCCCGGGAAGCACUGAGGCGACAACUUUGGAAGCCAGCAAAAAUCCAAUGAGGAGACAAGUUCAGACUCCCUCAAGGCCUUCCAGAUCCCUAAGCAGUAUAACACGUGUAGUCAGACGAGGAGCAGAAGCCCCUGGAGUUGAUGCAAAUGGAAAUUCUUUUGAUUUCACGACCAAGUUGCUGCACCUAGCAUGGCACCCAACUGAAAACUCGAUUGCCUGUGCUGCUGCAAACAGCUUGUACAUGUACUAUGCAUAAAGCUUGUCCAAGAAGAAAUGUAUUUGCUUGGCUAACUUUUGUUGGUUGCUGAUGGCGAAAGCUCCUUUUCCUUUCCCGCCAACCAGUGAGCUAAAGGCUACAUUGAUUCUCACACUUCCAGUGCCCCUAAAAUCCGUAGCACACGCUAUAUUAUCAAGGUCAAGAAAUGGCUGUCACAGAUCCAUGAGGAAGCAACCUGUCUUUGUUCCCGGGUGGGCAGCUUGAUUCUCUUUUUCUCCACCCUCUCUCCUCCCAAACCUCACAAAUUCCUUUUGCCUGUUCUUUUCUUCUUUUUACCCCCUUCCCUAUCUUCUUUUAAAAUAGAAGAUGGAGUAAUGUUUCUAGAUUUGUGUUGGGUUGAUGUUAGAGGAAAAUGUGAUUGUAGCUCUCCUACAACAAAACUAAAGGAUGUUCAAUAUUUGCCUCUAGGUUUAAGGUAAAUGUAGUUUUUUACUCAAAUCUUGGUGGGAAGGAGCUGUUAAAACUUGCAGUCAUCAUUUUUUUAUUGAUUCUUUUGUCAUGUUUGGAACUUCA